CCGCUUGGCAACGCCUCGUUCACCACACCGCCCAUGUCACAUGAAGCCCGUUUCAACACCACGAUACUGCCUCACCCCCACCAACCAGGUUCACCACAAAAUAUUGCCGAGUUGCAAUCGACAAAAAGUGCAAAAUUCCGGCGAGUAGUAGGCUCGAACCUACUACUAUACCUCUUCCUUUCUUUGGCCCGAUUUAACGGUACCAAGACCCAGGUACCGCUGUCAUCGAAGUGGGGUGUGCACCAUAAGUCUGCUGCCUUCUUGAUCCUCGUUUGGGUCAUAUGCGAGGAAUAAUUGAGGAAAUAUAAACAAUGAACAGUAAUUUCGGCCGCAAGUGGAAUGAGCCUUCACUUUACUUCACUUCAACUCACAUGACCACGAGCGGCCGCCAAGGAGAGAACCAGAGCAGCACCGAAUAGCCUCA